AUGAUAAAAGCAGCAUUAAUAUUCAAUAAUCAUGGGAAACCUCGACUCUCAAAGUUUUUCACAUAUUACACUGAAGAAAUGCAGCAACAGAUAAUAAGAGAAACGUUCCUUCUCUUGUCUAAGAGAGAAGAUUCAGUCUGUAACUUUCUCGAGGGUGGUACCCUAAUUGGGGGCAGCGAUUUCCGGCUAGUGUACCGACACUACGCUACUCUGUACUUUGUGUUCUGUGUGGAUAGCAGUGAGAGCGAACUGGGAAUACUCGAUCUCAUUCAGGUAUUUGUGGAAACACUAGACCGUUGUUUUGAGAAUGUCUGCGAGUUGGAUCUGAUCUUCCACAUGGACAAAGUGCACUAUAUAUUGCAGGAGAUAGUAAUGGGGGGAAUGGUUGUAGAGACUAAUCAGACUGAGAUACUAACUCACAUUGAGGCCCAACAGAGGAUAGAGAAACAGGAAGCAGGAAUGGGCGGGGCCCCAGCUCGAGCUCUCUCUGCUGCUAAGAGCAUGGCUCCAAACGUUAACCUGCCCAAACUAGCUGACUUACAGAAUAUCUCACUUCCUUCAUUUAAAAAACUCUAGGUUUAGUCACGCUAAAAGGGCUAAUGUUCUUAAAAGAUGAACUUGUUUCGUUUAGAAUUAUGUUAAACUGUUAGUAUUAAUGAAAUAUGACGGUCUAUUCUAGUCGGUGUGAUUGAUUUUGUGGAUAUGAUUCUAAUCUUUAGUUAAUUGACGAUGUCAAUUCAUGGCAGCUCGGCGCGGCACAGUAGCGCAUCUCGCCGAUCUAGCUGUGAGAAGCCUCAUUGAGUGCGCGGCGCGGCACAGUAACGCAUCGCGCUACAAAUCUUUAGCUGAUGUUGAUGAGGUACCAUUCACAUAUUAUGUAAGCCAGAUGUUGACCUUCUUAAAUUCUUAGACCCCCACCAUGUAAGCUACUAUACAGUAUACAGAAAUCAUAAAUCGUUUCCAAACCCCUCCCCCAAGGCUGGCUUGCAUAAUACGUGAUUGAACCAUAAUUGAAAAUUUUAUCUCGAUUGAAUAAUAUUAGUUCUUGUUUAUGACACAUGCGAAGUAAAUGUAAGAAUAUUUUUUAACUUUUGUGGUUUCAAAUUAAUCUAUUUCAAGUUGAUGGAAACUGUUGUGUGAAUAUUUUAUGUAUUUCAUAAAUCUUUUAUUAACUUUCUAAGAGCCAAAUGAAUAAGUCAAGUCUAUAGGAAAUAUAAGUUAACUUAGAGUUAGAGUUAGAAAAAAUCUCAAAAAGAUUAUUCCCAUUGAUAUACUGGAAAGUGGAAAUUAACUAUUAGAUAUUACUCUCUGCGACCUAGCUAGGCCUAGGGUUCCUUAAGAUUUGGCCAGGUACUAACAAUAACUAUUUAUUAAGCAUACGCACCUAUAUUCAGUAUUACAAAAUGUUUGUUUCCUAUUUGAGACCCCCCGCCCCCCCCCCCCCCCCCCCUCCUAUAUAUUUUGUUCAAUAUGAUUGAUAAAUUAUUCAUACAAUAUUAUAGUGUAAGUACACUGGAUGUACAAGAUGU